AUGGUUAAUUAUUACGAAGUCCUAGGGCUGCAUCAAAAUGCCUCGCAAGAAGAUAUUAAGAGGGCCUACCGCAAGCUGGCUCUGAAGUGGCACCCUGACAAGAAUCCAUACCACAAGGAGGAAGCUGAAAAGAAAUUCAAAGCAGUUGCUGAGGCCUACGAAGUUUUGUCUGAUCCUCAGAAACGCGCUCUCUAUGACAGGCCUGUCAAAGAACCAAGGUUUAGAGGAAGAGGUGCUUCUGGGGGCCACUCCCGCAGCCCAUUCGAUUUUGACUUUGUAUUCCGCAGUCCCGAUGAGAUCUUUAGGGAGUUUUUUGGAGGAAUGGACAUCUUUGAGCAUGACUUCUGGGACAACCACUUUGACGAGGACAAUAACAGGGAGGAGAGCAGAAGUGGCUUGCAAGGACCCCUGGGUCUCUUUUCUGGAUUAAGUGCCUUUACUAAUUUUGGGUUCAACUCAUUCGGUCCUGGCUUUCACACUAUGGUCUGCAGGUCCUUUGGAGAUGACAGCACUGGAACGCACAACUUCAGAUCUGUCCAAACGUCUACCGAAGUGGUCAACGGACGAAGAGUCACUACGCGGAAAAUUGUUGAGAACGGGCAAGAAAGAGUGGAAAUUGAGGAGGAUGGCCAGCUGAAGUCCAUAAGAGUAAAUGGAAGGGAACAGUUGAAAUGCUAA